CUGAGUGGGGGUGUAACUGUAUUGGAGCUGUGUACAUUAUUAAAUGGACACAGUCUGUUGUAAUGUCAAAUGAUUUGAAUCUCAGUGGAGUUUAAGGUGGUUUAAUGAUGAGCACAGAGGCCUGUGGAGAUGCUCUGCGUUCAUAUGUGGUGAAAUAUUAACGGCAGGAAAUAAAGCUGUUGUUUAGGGAUGACACAGCUUUGUGUGAGGACCUUUAUCAGUUUACCACUCUGACUCUGCACUGCACUCUCACAGUGACCUGAGGAGCUGCUCCACUCUUCACUGACCCACGCUUUAGACGGAUGCUGCUGCAUUUCGUACGAGUUGUAAGGAAUGUAUUGCGACAUCCACUGAGAAAUAUCUGACGCACAGCUGAGAGGAGAAGCUCACACACUGUGCAGAGAUGAUGGUGAAGGUGGUGCUGCAGGGGGCGGCUGUACUGGCCUGGUUAUUGAGCUCAGCAGCUCUGGGUGUGGUCAGUGGGCGGACUGUCCGAGCUGCUGCUGAUGACGAUGUUGAGGUUUUGACUGAAGCUCUGAUGGACGUCUUCAAGCAGUUAAAGUCCAUUAAAACACAGCUGGAAAACCUCAAAACAGAAAAUAAAGCUUUGAAGACGGAGCUGGAAGUUUACGUCUCCAAACAACAGUCAGUCCUUCAACAGGUGCAGGAGAUCCAACAGCACAGCAGUGAUUUGGACGCCAAGAUUGCAUCAGCUGCCUCCAAACAGGACCUGCAGUCAGUUGUACAGAAGGUGGACGAGCUGAAAACGAAGGGAGAUGAGCCAAAAGUGGCCUUUUCAGCCACACUUUCAAACCUAGAAAAUAGUAACAAAUUCUUUACGUCAACGGAAGGACUCACUCUGGCCUACACAAACGCUUUCACCAACAUCGGCAACGCAUAUGACCCGAAUACAGGUAUCUUCACUGCCCCUGUGAAAGGAGUCUAUUUCUUCAGCUUUUCUGUCUUCAACCCGUAUGACUACUCAAGUUCAGCCCCACAGGUUGGAACUGGAGUUGCCCUGAUGAAAAACGAUGCCCGUAUCCUCUCAGUGACCGAUAACCCUCCAGGGGUAGACACAGAGGACACUGGGGCGGGGUCAGCCUGUCUCCUGUUGAAUAAAGGAGACCAGGUGUAUCUGAGGCUCUUGAACAAUCGCAAGAUUUAUACAGAUGGAAACAAACGAAACACUUUCAGUGGCCACCUCGUCUUCGCAAUGUAG